AUGACGGCAAGAAUAGUUUUCCGUAUCACAGUUGUGGCUCUCCUGGUCUACCUUGCAGUAACUCAAAAAUGUCCUGCAAGUGGAAGAUCCGAGAGUUCCAUCUUUGGCUGGAUGUUACGGGGACACGUAUACGACACUCUUCUAGCGGAACUUCCCUUUACAUGCGUAUUCAAGUGUCGAGAAGACAAUCGAUGCCAAAGUUUUAACUGGGUAAUCUCUCUUCUCACCUGCGAGUUUAACAACCGGACAAAAGAAGCCAGGCCGGAGGACUUCAUUCCAAACCCGGAAAGAUCUUACUAUCCACGCGAUUUAAAGCGAGGUGAGCCAGCAUACCAGGAAGGGGGGAAUUCCCUAUAAUGGGGACUAAGUUACAUUUUGCCUAAACCGCGCUUGAACAUUUAGGCUCAAAUCUGUCUUUUGGAGUAAAUUGAAGACCGAUGCUCAGAUGUCAAUAAAAACAAAGGUGAAAGUUCCAGGGGAUCGAAAGGCUUUUAAGCAACAAAUUUAAGUCCUUAACUUUUUAAGUCCUUGCGUAGCGUGUACGUCAACAAUGACGUUACCAUGGAAACCGAAUUUUGACAGCCGUGUUUACAAAAUUAGCAUUUUCUCUAAAACCUGAGGUUUUAUUUCUAUGUUUACUAAUUGUAUCAUUUUAGUUAUCACUUAAUUUAGCAUUGUUUACAUAUUAUUAGUCACAUUUUAUUGACAGCAUGGACGCACCUGGUGCCAAAAAUAAGAUGCGCUGGGUGCGAUUGUUGAAAGAGCUUAUUUUGCUUUGUCUUUUGCUGUUUUCUUUUGUUUUGUUUGUUUAUAUAUUUAAUAUUUUUCCAACUGACAUUUUUCCCUUUCCUUCUACUUCUUGCCACUUCCUUCUUCUCUCUCUCCCAUUUCCCACUUCGGCAUUAAGUAAAAAGUAUGUAGGGUUAAAAAGCAUACUGAUGAAUUAACAUAGAUCUGUUUCUUACCGUUUAGUUCCCCUUGGUUCGAUUCAAGAACUGCCAGCUGAAACUUGUGACGAAAUAAAGAGGAGUGAAGGACACGCUAUUAGCAGGAAAUACUGGUUUUCCACUUUAAAAUCUGGUACAUCUGUAAUGGCCUAUUGCAAUAUGAAGACCAACGGUGAGUUUGGUCAGACGAGUUAUAGAUAAUCGGCGAGUGAAAAGCUUGAUGUUUUUCGAUAUUUUAUCAUGCCUCAUCGCCGACUAAGUUUUAGCGGGAGAUGUAAACUAAUCAUGCAAACACACACAAAAAAAAUAUGAAAAAAGAAAUUUUGAGCAAAAACUCAUGUUAGAUAGAAAGGGUUAAUGCCGUUCAAUAAUGUUUGUUUGUGUAGACAUUGACGAAUGCAGUGUUUCCCCUUCUGUAUGUGACAUCAACGCCAACUGCUCCAAUACUCGUGGAUCUUAUUACUGCACUUGUAAGGCAGGAUACACUGGCGAUGGAAAAACUUGCCAAGGUAAUAUAAGAUACUUUAGCUAAUUUCAACUGGAAUGAAUAUUUCCAUUAAGAAAGUGUUUUUUUUUUUUAAAUAAAUGUUGUUCUUCUUAGACACUGACGAGUGCAGUGCUUCUCCUUCUGUAUGUGACAUUAAUGCCAACUGCUCCAAUACUCGUGGAUCUUAUUACUGCACUUGCAAGGCAGGAUACACUGGCGAUGGAAAGACUUGCAAGGUAAUAUAAGAUGCUUUAUCUAAUUUCAACAGGACUGAAUAUUUCCAUUAAGAAAGCGUUUUUUUUUAAAUUUUUUAAAAUAAAUGUUGUUCUUCUUAGUCACUGACGAGUGCAGUGCUUCUCCUUCUGUAUGUGACAUUAAUACCAAUUGCUCCAAUACUCGUGGAUCGUAUUACUGCACCUGUAAGACGGGAUUUACAGGUGACGGAAAAAAUUGCCAAGGUAGGAGAAAAUACUUUAGCUAAUAAGUUAGUUUACUGCCGUAACAUCAGAGAUGGCAGUUUCCUGGAGACGUGUGACAUCAUUUAAAAUGGCGACUAAUAAUGAGAUCGCGGUAAUCCAUCGAAUUCGUGAUUGUUUCUGGUAUCGGGACGCUUGAUGUGUUUUCUACACUUAAAAUGCAACGUUUGAAUUCAAUUAUUUAACGAAAAGUGAUGUUUAAAUAGACGGCUUCACGAUCGUAGUUGCAUUAUGGGUAAUCAGCGCAAGAGGGCGGGAAAUUCAAAAAUUUGUAUUGGCAUUCAAAGCCAGCUAAUUCUUCCUGAAUUCAUAUAUUUGAUGCUUUCUCCUUGAAGAGAAUAAAUUUAUUUACGAGUUCAAAGCACUAAAUCUGGGUUGCAAAGAAGUCCGUGAUCAGUUAUUAGAAAACCUGGCCAGAAAACCUUGAUUUCUCCUUUCAUUUUCUGUACUUCGACAGUAUCAAAAUUACUGUAACAGAAAAUGUAUGGAAAAAUUGAGGUUUUCUAAAAACUGAUCUUGGACUAUUAUGCAAUGCAGAUUCAGCUCACAAGUUACACUUUUCAAAGAGAACGUGGUAAAUAUAUAUGAAUUCAGGAACAAUAAGCUGGCUUUAAAUUCCAAUACAAAUCUUUGAAUUUCCCGCCAUCUUGCCCUGAUUACCCAUGAUGCAACUAUGAGCGUGUUCAAAGAAGGCUACUGAAAUCGGAUCCCUUGACUUUGCACGUGCAAGCUAGUGAAGACUGAGUUUUUGGAAUUGCCAUUUUGUACUUUUUUUUGUAUUUUAGUAUUUCCUUCAUUUAUUCAUAUUACAGGCCAUUUAUAUUUUAUUACAGAUUCGAAGAUACCAUUCAUAAGAUUUCAGUUAUGUAUCACGGAUUACAGGAAUAAAUGGUCGGGAGAAGGGCAAGAUAUUGUGAAACUAAUUACAUGCCCUAUGAUUAAAUAACAGUUUUAUUUAGGGUAAAAGAGAAAAAAAGAUAAGUAUAUGAAGUAUGAAAUAUAAAAGAGAGGAAAAAGAAAAGUACGCAAAAAUACCUACGAACAUACGAGGGUCUGUAUGGCGGUGAUUAUACUGAGCAAGAUAACAGGUAGUAUAGUGCUCGUUUAAACUUUUAAAUCUCUAAUGUCAAUUUUAUUACGAGGAAAGGGACUUAGCGUAGGAUCAUGAGAAAGAGUCAAGACUAGCAAAUUAUCAGCUAUUUGUAGAGCAAUGCUACCACCAGUACUUGACGUUAUAAGUUUGAAAGAAUGUGGUCUAUACAACUUGUUAUCGACUCGGUUAUGCGGGUUUAUUUUAUUUUAUUUUAUUCUAUUUUAUUAGCUUCGCCUAUUACUGAACAAUGAGUAAUAAAUGCUUAAUAGGCAGGGGUGCGACAACAGCGGUGGGCCAAUUACAGUGGUCCCAGAGCUUAAAAGAUAUGUAAGAAACAGUAAAACUUCUUAUGACCAUUAAAAACAACAACGGAGACGGCCGAUAGACACGUUACGUUACAUUAGCCUGUCCCUGUAUAUGUUUGGUCACAAAUGAAUGGUAGAUCCAGUAUACUUUGUAGCGCGCCUCUGGACACACUCGAGCUUUCGAAUCAGGUCUAUUGACUGCGGAGUCCAGACUUGCGUGGCAUAGCCAAGAUGGGAUCUUACUAGGGUAAGGUAUGCCGAGUGUCUAACCGUAUGAAUGCUUUUGACGAGUCUGGUAUCUGGUGUUUCUCCGUACAUAUCCCAGGGGCCUGCUGGCCUUUAAGUGCAUUGUACAUUGACUUGCUUAUUCCACGGGAGGUUAUCAGUGAUGUAAACACCAAGAUCCUUCUCGGCAGAGUCAACUUCAAGCUGACAGCCGGCCAUAUGAUCGACAAAGAUGACGGGUUCAAGUUUCCUAGUUAUGCGCUGCGCUUUGCAUCUGCUGUAUUUAAAGUUUAGGCUAGAAGAAUCUGACCACUUGACCAGGUCAGAUAGGUCCUCCUAAAGUUGUUCUGCAUCGCGCGUUGAUGUUAUUUCUUUGAAAACCUUUGUUUCAUCGGCAAAAGCGGCAAACUGGCUUGAUCUAACAGCAUCUGGCAUGGCAGAGAGUUCAGACACAGAAGGGUUGUGGGUUGCUUAUGGCGGAUUGCCGAUUGCAGACUUCUUGAUGAAUUUUUAGUUCUAUUAAGAAUUCAAAGUGGACUAGUGAUUUUUCAAUUAGUGUUGUUUUUCUUAGACAUAGACGAAUGCAGUGCUUCCCCUUCUGUAUGUGACAUCAACGCUAACUGCUCCAAUACUCGUGGAUCGUAUUACUGCACCUGCAAACCAGGAUUUACAGGUGACGGAAAAAAGUGCCAAGGUAGGGGAAAGUACUUUAGCUAAUAAGUUAGUUUACUGCUGUACCAUCAGAGAUGGCAGUUUCCUGGAGACGUGUGACAUUUAAAAUGGCGGCUAAUAAUGAGAUCACGGCAAUCCGUCGAAUUCGUGCUUUUUUAAAGGGGCCGGGUAAAAAAAAUGCAACGUUCGAAGACAAUUAUUUAUUGAAAAGUGAUGUUUAAAUUACUCGACAGCAUCGCAUCGUCCGUUAAAUGCCCCAUCUUGCACGUGCAAGGAAGUGAAGACUGAGUUUUUGGAAUUGCCAUAAGCAGAUGAUUAUGUCAUUGAGAUGCAAAAGUUAAAAUGUGAUGAUAUCUAACGAAGACAACUAAAAAAUGAGCAGCUAGAUGGAAACCAAGAAACAUUUUUUCCCCUGUUAAUGAAUUUUAAUCUCCUUUCAGCAUGGAUUGAUCAUGACUGAAUAGUUCUUCUAAGAAUUCAAAGUGAUUUCUAAUUAAUGGUGUUUUUCGUAGACGAAUGCAGCCCCCCCCCCCCCGCCGCCUUCUGUAUGCGAUAUUUACGCACUAUAAAUGCACUAAAAUGGGGUGUGUCGAGGGGUGGAGGUUGUAGGAGUUUAGGCUGAACACGAUGAAAUAUAGCUCCCUUGCAGCUUGACAAGCCCGAUGAAUCAGUCUCAAAGUAAGUGUCCUUUCAAAGAAAUGAUGACAGACAGAAGAUGGCAGAAUUGAAUUAAGGUGGAAUUGUCCAAUUUCGAGGCCAACAUUGAGAGAGAGAGAGGAAAAAGGACUUUGAGCACGACAUUGCAGCGUUAUUCCCUCAAUUGACCCAAGUUCUAAAUAAUGUCACAAAUUGUAGCUGUCUUCCUGAUUAAUUUAUUCACAUCCCAUUUCAGGAUCGAUAGUUCCAACAGAAUGUAACUCCUACAUUGACCUUGAUGAGCCUGGCCGAUAUUGGAGUAAUAAUAGUGGUUCUGUAAUCUGCGAUAAUUAUGACCCUAAAUUUGUCAACAAUAAGUGGUAUCGCUUUGUUGGAGGAGCUGGAAGGAUGAUGGCGUCGUAUUGCAUUCCCAAAUCAACUUGCAGUACCCAUAGAUCUUCAUGGAUAAAUGGUGAUCAUCCGACUAGUCUCUACACCACGUUGACAACAACUGUAUGCAUGCACUGGGGUUCAGACUGCUGCGAGAGAUCCUACCCCGUUGGCAUAACACAAUGUGACGGCUACUACGUGUAUAAACUGCAAAAGCCCACAUCAUGUCAUGAGAGUUACUGUGGUGUUUUAGGUGAAUAUUCGAAGAAAAUACUUUUAUGAUAAGUCUUAAAUAACUGUGUUUGUUUUGAUUACGUGCAAGAAGAUUUAUCCGCCUUGCUAUAAAUUAAAGAGUUUCCCUUCGUAUGGAUAGCAUCAUUUGAAAGAUAACUUGUUGUUCGAUAGCACUGCUAUAUAUAAAUAUUCUAACUUCUCGUAUUUCCUCGAAUAAUAGCCGGGGGCGAUUAUUUCUUUUUUAGCACCAAAAGGAGGCGAUAAUUCGAGGGAGGCGACUAUUUCAAAUAUUGUUCACAAGAAGUCGUGCCCUAAAUAUUUUGUUCUAUUUUCCCAUUAAAUAAAAAAAAAAAUGAAGUCAAAUAAACUGAACCUUGGAAUUUAAAGUGUUCCAAAUUUGGUUUCUUGAUUAAUUUUCACUGUAAAUGUCCGCGGCAUCAAAGCUUGAAUCGUCACUGAUCAGUUAUGCUGGAUCAGACUCCACUUUAGCUUCAUCCUUUGGGAUAAAUAUUUUGUGGUUAGAAAUACGGUGAAAAAAUCGACAAUCUUGGUGUUCGGCUGUUAUCUGUAGAAAACGAAGCGCUUUUGACAUGCCAUUUAACCUCAUAGUAGUUUCAAUCUUUUUAAAAACGCGUGUGAAAGAUCAAGGAGAUGGCUCCCGUCGUUUGCUAGAAAGAAGGAUUUGAUUAGUAUGUAUCGAGGCGCUCUUGUUAACGGGUUUUUAAACAUUUUGGUCUACUUUAACAAAUUAGCGAAUAAUUUUUAAACAGCUCGAUAGAUUUUUUUAAAAAUUUAAGAUUCUUCAGAUUAACCUUCUUUUAUAUGACCUAGUUUUAGUUUCAAGAUUAUUGAUAUAUUUUAAGGCAGUAAAAUAAGGGCUACAAUUCGUUAAUAUUUUGGCAGAAAUUUUGUGUUUACAAGUGUGAGCCUCUCAUUAUUCAGGGUAUUGUGUCCAAGUUUCACUUUUUCAUGCACAACAAUAGCUAGCUUUUUUGCGUAUUUCAAAUGCUUUGUUAGUUACUGCUGUUCACGUGAAAAAGAAACUUGGAGACAAUUCCUUACAUAACUGGAGGCUUUCACUUGUAAUGACGAAACUUCCCAUAAAAAAAGUAACGAAUUGUAGCCCUUAUUUUACUGCCUUAAAAUAUAUCAAUAAUCUUGAAACUAAAAGGUCAUGUAAAAGGAAGGUUAAUCUCAAGAAUCUUAAAUUUCUAAAAAAAUCUAUCGAGCGGUUUAAAAAUUAUUCUCUAAUUUGUUAAAGAAGACCAAAAUGUUUACAAAAUCGCUAACAAGAGCGCUUCGAUACAUACUAAUCAAACCUUUUCUUUCUAGCAAUCGGCAGGAGCUAUCUCCCAUGAUUUUUCACGCCCGCUUUUAAAAAGCUUGAAACUACUAUGAGGUGAAAUUGCGUGUCAAAAGCGCUCCAUUUUCUACAGAUGACGGCCAAACAACAAUAUUGUCCAUUUUUUACUGUGUUUCUAACAAUAAAAACUUUAUCCCAAAAUAUCUCGAUAAUGCUCUUACAGAUUUCGCUUGAACUUCACGAACAUCGAGGCUGCUAUUGGAUAAAAGCUCCCGUGAAUGAUUUUCGAAGAACAGUUCCCAGUGCCGAAAUAUACUGCUGCAAGUAAAAUAGGUAAUAGCAUCAUUUCGUUGCUAUGACGACUUCGAUGCCUUUGCAACCCUGGUUAUAACAAAUUUUCACCUUUAUCUAAUUCAACUGUGGUGGCAAUUUUUCCAAAACUUCGUUUUUGGCGACGUAGUUUAUGCUCAAACUUGGGAGGUAUUGGCCCUCAAAAACUGUAUCGAGCCACCUUAAGGUUACCGCGCGAUGGGUAUCCCCAGCGGGUAACCCGCUAUAUGACCUAUAUGGGUGGGAGAGGAGCGAUUAAUCGAGGGACGGCUACUGUUCGAGGAAAUACGUUAUUUCGUGCCCGUUGCUUCUUCAAUAUUUUCUCAUCAUUAAUUUUUGCUGUGACGCAGAUGCAAAUGAUGCGUGUUUUGGAACCGCAGGAUCAGACGUCUGUGCUUGUAAUCCGGGUUAUAGAGGAAGUCCUUGUUCAGGUAGGUAAAUACAUACUUGCACUUAGACUCGUACGGUCUCACUUUAUCUGUAUCAUGAACGGAAUGCGCAAAUCAUUAUCACUAUCAUCAUCAUUAUUGUAUUUGAUAAAGCAGGUUAAUAGGCCCAUACAAAAGUUAUGUGUUUUGAUGUUGAUACUUUAGGGAAACUGAUUUAGAGACCCUUCUUCUACUUUCCUUCUUUGUGAAAAUAAAUUCACGAUAAUCAUUCAUAUCGUGUUAAAUUGAAAUUCCCCUGUUCCAUUAUUAUCGUACCCUGCAGCUAACUCUAUUUGAAUAAAUUGCACUCUAUAUUAAAGAAGAAGAAGAAUUCUAACACUUAAAAGCUCAGAAAAAAUUUCCGAGCUCCUGGUGACAAUCGAGAAUCGCUUCUCUAUAACCACUGAGCUACUAGAACUCUAAUGGCGAGCAGGUCGGAAUUUCAAUACAAGUACACCAGACGUUUAGGGUGGCCAUCCACCAGCGUACAAACCAAACGUUGUUUAUUUCAAGAAGAAGAAGAACUCUAGCACUUGAAAACACAGACUAACUUCCAAGUAAAGUAGCACAGCUCCCGGUGUUAAUACAUCAGACUUUUUUCCGGCUGGUUAAUUCCAACCGGCCUUGAGCAACGUUCAGUUGGUUUUUGCUAUUUGUUUUUGUCAAAUUCUCUUCCUUCAGUUCUGAUCACCGGCACCGGAUUCAUUCUUUUUGCCCAAAAUUCCAUUUGGACUAUUUAACAAUAAUUCCUCAAGCCCGAAUGGGCUCUGAGUCAUUAGCCCAUGAGACUGAAGGCCGAAUGGGCUAUUAACUCAGAGGCUAUGAGGAAUAAUUGUUUUAGUUUUUGGUCAAAAAUAUCGAGAAUAAAAAAUUUGUAGCAAGUUAGAGCUAGACUUUAAUCCUUUUUUGCCGCCAAAAAGCCCGCGCUUUUCGCUACUAGUAGGCUAUAACAUAUAGCCUAGAAGUAGCUCAACCAAUCAGAACGCAGCAUUGUAAUAGACCACUAGUUGGAUUUUACUAAUAAUAAUUAUUCAGGCUUCCAACUUCAACUUCAACUUCAACUUCAACUUUAUUUCAUAAGACUAUUGGUUACAAUAGACUGGCCCGCAAAUUAGCAAUUGCUAAUCUAGGCGGACCAGUUAAAAGAAAAAUAAAUUGAAAGGAAAAGAAAGGAAAGGAAAAGGAAAAAGGAAGGAAAACUACAAUUUUAAGUUACAAUAAAUAAUAUUCUAUCACAGUUUUAUUUUAAUUACAUUAAAUCUGAACAAGCAAACAAACAAAUACUUUAAUACAGAAAUCACUAAACUAUUAAUCGAACUUUUUCAACUAUUAAGGGCGUCUCAAUAUAGUCAUCUUCUCUUUUUAAGAUAUCCGAAAGCAAUCUGUGAAGUACUUUCCUAAAUUUCUUUUUAGGAAGAUCUCUAAUAUGACACUGGGAAGUAGUGGACAACGAAUUAUUAAAUUGGCCAUGAAAGAGGCCUAAAUUGCCUCUAAAAGUAAAGUAAGGCAGCAGAAAUUUUCUGGAGUUUUUCUUUCAAUUCAGCUAUCUCAUUUCGUAAAGAUUGAUUUUCCUUCCUCAGCUUUUCAUUCCCGGUCAUAAGUGGCAGAAGAAAGACUCAAAUUCUAAUCUUAGCUCGGAGAGUCUUAAACACACGUCCGACCAGUACAAGCACCGCACCAGUCCCCCCCUGACUUGACUUGAUUUAAUACAAACGACCUUAUAACUCCGAUAGGCUCAACCUUUCCAUAAAAAACGGCAAUAUAAUAAUAAUAAUAAUAAUAAUAAUGAUAAUGAUAAUGAUAAUGAUAAUGAUAAUGAUAAUGAUAAUGAUAAUGAUAAUGAUAAUGAUAAUGAUAAUGAUAAUGAUAAUGAUAAUGAUAAUGAUAAUGAUAAUAAUAAUAAUAAUAGGCUUCAAGGCGGAGGGGUUGGUAGAAUGGUUCAUGGACAACAUUUUAGGGCAAAUGGAAACAUUUUUAUGUAUUUUAACGUUUUAAUAUUUUGCAAAUAAGAAAGGCUUCACGGCGCAGGGGUUGUUUACUGUCAAACGCUCAACUUCUGUGUUUAUUACUAAUACUGGGCAUACAGACCUGUAAAACUGCCAUAAUAAUAAUAGUGAUGAUAAGGAUGAUAAUAAACAGUUAUUGGAUGAGGUUUUGUGAUAUCCGGAAUAAUCAAAGUCGAGCAGUGUUAUCAGCCGAGCGGAAGGCCGAGGCUGAUAACACUUACCUCGACUUUGAUUAUUCCGGAUAUCACAAAUACCGAGUCUAAUUAACAAUUAUUCCUCGAGCCCGAAUGAGCUCUGAGUCAAUAGCCCAUGAGGCCGAAGGCCAAAUGGGCUAUUGACUCAGGGGCCAUGAGGACAAGAGGAAUAACUGUUUUAGUAAAAUCCAACCAGUUGGUAAAAAAUAUCGAGAAUAAAAAAAAUUUAGCUAGUUAAUUCUAGACUUUAAUCCUUUUUUGCCCCCCAAAAAGCCCGCGCUUUUCGCUACUAGUAGGCUAUAACAUAUAGCCUAGUAGUAGCUCAACCAAUCAGAACGCAGCAUUGAUAAUAGACCACUAGUUAAAUUUUACUAACAAUAGUUAUAAAUUGUUUUGGAGAAAAUAACGAGAAACAAACCGUCGCAUUAUUGAACCUGUAUUGAUAUUGCUAGUGGAAAUCACGCAUUGCGCUCGCAGCUAGCAUACAGAUUAGUUAGUUAUCUGCUAGCAGAUAACUAGCUAUCUGUAGGUUACGCUGAUUUCCAAAAUUAGCUGUAGGCUCUUAGCCAAUGAGAAGACAGCUAAAGAUAGAGUACAAUGUAUAAUAACAAAAUUAAAUUAUACUAAAAACUAAAAGCAGCAAAACUGUUUACAAAAUCAUAAAAAUAGCCAACAGAACUAUUUACUUGAGAUGUCGACUUUGUAAUGUCCUUUUAAAGGACUCAAUGCUUUAUAUGUCUUGUUUGACUAUCCACAGAGGUCGAAAAAGUAAGUUACAAGCGAUUCUGAAGAUUCAAACUCGUACAUUCCUAGCUCAUAAACAUUACGAAAACCUUCAAACAACGCUUGAAUAACAUACAAAUUGUUAAAUUCAACUACUUAUUAGUACUUCGCCUUUUGAAUCAGGAUGAAUGGUCAGGAGCACGAAUACUGAGUGCAGGUAAGGUGUCUCACCCGGCUUUAUAAACUUUUAAUUAUUAUUAUUACUUACUUUUUCAGACGUAGACGAAUGCACAGCAGGUACCCAUGAUUGCCAUACGUCAGCUACUUGCACGAAUACCAAAGGUUCUUUUGCUUGUUCCUGUAACCCUGGUUAA